AUGCAUGACUGUGAUAUAGAUAUUAUGGCAAUUACAGAGUCCUGGCUCCUACCAAGCAUUCCUAACUCUUUCCUGUCUGUCCAAGGCUAUCAUCCAAUAGCCCGCACUGACGUUGGAGAUGUCCGAAAACAUGGCGUAUGUUUCUACAUUAGAGACAACAUACCCUUCAUUUCCAUUGAUAGCAACUGUCCCAAUACUCACAUAGUGCACCUAGUUUCCCUCAAAUGUUACAUAAUUGUUGUAUACCGACCACCGUCAAAUACUCAAAAUGACAAUACAGCAUUGAUUAAUCUCCUAGAACAGUUUUGCACAGGCAAGGAAGUUCUUAUACUGGGUGAUUUCAACUUGCCAGCUGUUGAUUGGUCUAUUGAAGAUGUCUUAUUCCAAGACUAUGAUCCUCUAACUCUAGCUUUUACAAAUUGCUUUAACACUAUUGGCCUCCAUCAGUGGGUUGACUUUCCCACCUUUACAUCCUCCGGAAACACCCUUGAUUUAAUUUUGUCUAUGGAAACAGACAGAAUAGGGAGUGUUGAGUCGCUCUGUCCCUUGCCUGGUUGUGGACAUGUCCCCAUCAAGUUCACCUACCAUUUCACAUUCAAUACUUCUCAAGAUGGCAACGUUUGCAUUAAAAAGAGAGCCUGGGAAAGAGGAAAGUACAAAAUAAUAGACAAUCACGUAUCACAGAUUGACUGGGACUAUGAGUUUUGCCAUCUUUCAGUAGAUGCAAAGUUCAAUAGACUUUUGCAAAUCCUCACUCCUCUCAUAGACUCUUAUAUUCCUCUAUGCAAGCAGCUUAGUCCAAGCUCUCCCCUUAGUCCUCCUACUGCUUUAAAGAAAAACAGAACAACAGCCUGGCAGCUGUUCAAGUCUACCAGAAGAUUCUAUGGGCGCCACUCCAAACAAUGCACUCAGGCCUUGGAAAACUACAACAUUAUCAAUCGCCAAUACAGAAACCACUUUAUCUACUCCCAGAUAGCUUACGAAAGGACUCUCAUGGAUAAUCUUAAAAGAAAUCCAAAAGCCUUUCAUCAGUACAUUCGUAACAAAAAAGUAGGUGCUCCCUCCAUGGGCCCCCUAUCACAUCCGGAUGGUUCUCUAGUAGAAGAUUGUGCUGCCAUGGCCGAAAUUUUUGUGAACAGUUUCUCCUCUGUCUUCAAAGACAGCUGCCCAAAUCCUUUUCCCCACCAGACGUUUCAGGGCACCCUUGACAAUGUAAAUAUUACUUACUCUGCUGUGUAUAGGCCUUGA